AUGGGAAGCGAGGCAACAAGCAAUGGUAGUGCCAACAGUGGAGGAUUCAAGUCAAGAGUACAGCGUUACUUGUAUAGUGGAGACACAAAGCAUGUCAUGGCUGGCAUGGCCGUCAUAACUCUUGUCUUUGGUGUCCCUUGGUUCCUCAUGAACAGAGGAACAAAGCACGCGUCUCAUCAAGAUUACAUGGAAAAGGCUGAUAAAGCAAGGCUUGACAGACUUUCUUCAGGUUCUGCUGCUACAUGAUUUUUGUGAUCGCUUUCUUCAAGUAUAGGAAAAAAACUAGCUAAGGUGGGCACGUCUUCACCUGCUUCAGAUCAAUGAGGGCAUGACAUGGGACCUCAGCAAUGGAUUUCAGGAAGAAUAUUGCCCAAUAAUAAGUGAUAGUAAGAAGAUUGUUACCGUCAACCACUGAAAAAUAGGUACGAUUGAAAUGUGAGUCUAGUAUAAUAUUUGCAAUCUCUGUAGUUUCUUCGCUUGUGUUGAUUUCCAUUUGCCAUUAGUAAACACAAAAAUAUUAACCGUAGCAAAUAAAGGAGAACCAACUUUUCAAUUUUUA